CCAUGUUCCUUACGGCUGCGGCGCCCAAGGCACCAGCUGGGAGGACCGAAGACCAUGCUACACUCACCGGACCCUGCCGCGGAAGCGUGCCUGCGCCCGCGCCCGCGUGCGCCAGUGCCGUGGUUGUGAGGUUUGGCCUGCAUUGUUCACUCUGGCGGAUCAUGGAGAAUGGCCCAAUGGUGGUGAACUGGACAUGUUGGAAUAUGUCAACAUGGACGUGUCUAAGUCCUCCUUCCACACGGGCGGCAGCUGCAAGCUCAACCCCUCAGCCGUGAACGAGUAUGGCUCGAUGCCGGACAGGAAUGACAUGAAUUACGAUUGCGUCACGGACUAUCCUGACAGGCUGGGCUGUGCGCCCAACAAGUGGAUGAAGAGUUCGGAGAGUUGGGCUCACAGCCCUGGGAUCCUUGCCACGCAGUGGACGGAGAAAUUCAUCAAGCUCUUCUACAUUCCAGAGCAUGAAAUUCCACAGGACAUCCAAGAUGAGACACCAGACCCAGAGGAGUGGAACCGUUGGCUCUUCUCCUACUUCCCCUUCUCUGGGACCAGUUGUGACAUCGCGGCUCAGAAGCUGAUGAUGCAAAUCAAUUUUUGCGGCGAUUGGGCGGGCAAAGUCUGGAGUGCCGAUGGCAACUGCAAUUGGAGGGUGCCCCACUGCCGGGCUGUUGACCCGCUGAAAGAGUAUGCGCCAGAUGAGGACUGCUGCACGCAGUUCAUUUGGGACCCGGACAACAGGUACCACACGGAUCAGUACCUGAGAGAGAGGGCCUACUUCAACAUUUCCUAUAUCAAGGUUUUCCAGUAGCUCUUUUUGUGUCGGUUGUUUUGCCUGGGAUCCUUGUCGUGGCCUGUCAGAGGCUUGGUCGAGC